CUGCAGACUCGGGGCGGGUCUCUCGGCUGUAGUUCACUUCCUGCUUCUUCUCUUCGCUCUCGCCUGGUCAGCUGCUUCAUUCCUCUGUCCGACGACAGACACAAUGUCACAUCAAACGGGCAUUCAAGCUGGGAACGACGUGAAAGAAAUCUUUGCCAACGCCAGGAGCGGAGACCAGUAUCGAGUCUUGAAGAUCGUCAUCGAGGAGGAGCAGCUGACACUGGGCACCACCAGGAAAGCGUCCAAGAAGUGGGAUCAGGAAUACGAUUCCCUAGUGCUGCCGCUUCUGGAGGAUGCCGUGCCAUGCUAUAUUUUGUACCGUCUGGACUCCACUAACAACCAAGGCUACGAAUGGAUCCUCCUCUCCUGGUCACCAGACCACUCUACUGUGCGACACAAAAUGUUAUAUGCUGCUACCAGGGCGACACUGAAGAAAGAGUUUGGAGGAGGGCACAUUAAGGACGACAUUUUUGGAACCACAAAGGAGGAUUUGAACUUCAGUGGUUACAAGAAAUAUCUGACCUCACAGGCGGCUCCUUUGCCCCUCACUGCUGCAGAAGAGGAACUGAGACAGAUCAAACUCAGUGAGGUCCAGACGGACAUCAGCGUGGACACCAAGCAGCAGACUCUGCAGGGAGUGGCCUUCCCCAUUCACAAAGAUGCUGCUGACGCACUGGCACAUUUUAAGGAAAAGAGAAUCAACUAUGUGCAACUGGAAAUAGAUGUUGAAAAGGAAAUGAUUCGCUUGUGCAGCACUGAGCCAACCGAGUUGAAAGACCUGCCAAAGAGAGUCCCCAAAGAUUCUCCACGUUACCACUUCUUCCUGUACAAACAUUCCCAUGAAGGCGACUACUUGGAGUCUACAGUCUUCAUUUAUUCUAUGCCAGGGUACAAGUGUAGCAUCCGAGAGAGGAUGCUGUAUUCCAGCUGCAAAAAUAACCUGAUUGACAUGGUGGAAACCAAACUGCAGAUUGAGAUCGAGAAAAAGUUGGAAAUUGAAGACGGGACCGAACUAACAGGCGAGUUCAUGUACGCCGAGGUGCAUCCCAAGCAGCACGCCUAUAAGGAGCGCUUUGCCAAGCCCAAAGGCCCAGCCGGUAAGAGGGGAGGUCGCCGAAUCACCCGGCCACCCGGCGAGGGAGAGGAGGAGGAUUAAAACACACCUCCACCCCACACACCCUAAAUCCUCCACCCCAUAACGUGUUCCACAGUGGAACAUCCCUGUGAUGGGCGACGAAAAAAUUGUAUUUGACUUUUUUUUUUUGUUAUGUUUCUGUUUUCUUUUCCCAAGAACCUCAAUUUUUUCUCACCAUGUUACCCAACUAUGCACGCCAAGGAGAACUGAGCAAUGACACCCUUCAGACGUUCCAUUUGUAGCUUGCCAAAUGGAAACGCGCAUCUUAACACACUCACAAGCAGCUCAACUGUAACUCAAGGGGCCCAAAUAAAAGUUGAGGUAUUUGCUUCGUUGCCAGCUCUAACACUUAGUGGAAAAAAAAAAACAAAACAAAAAAAAACUUUCAAGCACGACUAAUGUGAACUCGCGCAAAUAUAGAAAGAAAUGUUUUUUUU